AUGUAUUUGGAGAACAAAAGCAACCUGGAGAUUGAGAUGUCUCAGGCGUCAGCGCAGGGCCAUCAGGGCAGGAACAGCCUGAGGUCUCCGGAGGCUGUCGCAGGGAACUUUGGAGAGCUGCGUCUGCUGCAGGGCAUCUCAGAGAGGAGAGAAACCCAGAAGCUGCAGCAGUCUGCAGUUCUGCCCUCGGGACAGUGCGUCAUCCAUACUGAGGGCUUUGUCCCUGUACGACAAGAGGAUGGGCACAGUUUCAGCAUGGUUAAUAUUCUCAGAGGAAAAACAAAUUCAGCCAACCUUUCAGAGAGAUCACCUCUGCUGAGAUUCUCUCAAGAUGACAGUAUAACCUACAUGACCCUACAUGACCCCAGCUUCGUUGGAGGGGAAGAGCCCUGGGACAACAGCUCCCUGGACCUGGAGAGGAGGUACCGGCUGGGCAGUGAGGUCACCAGCCUCUCCCUGACUCGCUCCAGCUCUUCAGAGAAGAGCGACCCUCUGGACAACCUCAACCUCAGCUUCAAACUCACCAGUAGUAUGAGAUGCUGCUUCAGAGCCUCCAAAAUUGCCACUAUGUUUACUAUAGUAGUGCUCUGCAGUCUGUUCUUCAGCAUGUACCCAGAUCGAGACAACCCCUGGAGGAUGUUGGCCGUGUCUUCAACAGACAGUUUCUCAAUGAAUCUGACAGAUUUCCGGGACAAUGCUUUGCUAAAGCUACAGGUGGGAGGGCCUUUCACAGGAGGGAUGAUUGACCUCACUGACCAGGAAUAUAUCCUGAUCCAGGUGGAGCAGACUGAGCAGCCGGGACAGCGGAGGAGGAGGACUCAGCAGGUGAUUCAUAAUUGGACCAUUCCUCUACACGGUGAACGAAGUGACCAGAUACUGUUGACCAAAACUUUUGAGAUGCUCAGCAGUGAUCCCAUCGUCAUCACGAUCCAGGCUUUCCUGCAGGAUAAUGAGGUGGUGCCAUUAUCCAUGACCCACCAGUCGCUCUACGUCAGUGUGGAGACACAGGUGGCCAUCGCUGGAAUCAUCCUGGCUGGGGUCUAUGUUCUCAUUAUCUUUGAGAUCGUGCAUCGCACUUUGGCGGCCAUGCUGGGAUCUUUGGCAGCAUUAGCUGCUCUGGCUAUCAUUGGUGAUAGACCCAGUCUGGUUACUGUGGUUGAGUGGAUCGACUAUGAGACACUGGCUCUUCUGUUUGGCAUGAUGGUACUGGUGGCCAUUUUUUCAGAAACUGGCUUCUUUGAUUAUUGUGCUGUGAAGGCUUACCAACUAUCCAGAGGAAGAGUGUGGCCGAUGAUCAUCAUCCUCUGUCUCAUUGCAGCUAUUCUCUCUGCUUUUCUGGACAAUGUGACCACUAUGAUGCUUUUCACCCCUGUCACCAUAAGGUUGUGUGAGGUGCUUAAUCUAGACCCCAGACAUGUCCUGAUUGCAGAAGUAAUCUUCACCAACAUUGGAGGGGCUGCCACAGCUGUCGGAGAUCCACCCAAUGUGAUUAUAGUAUCAAAUCAGGACCUGCGCAAAGAAGGGAUUGAUUUUGCCAGUUUCACCGGCUACAUGUUCCUUGGAAUAUGCCUCGUCCUUUUCACCUCAUUUCCCUUCCUACGGAUGCUCUACUGGAACAAAAAACUCUACAACAAAGAGUCCAUUGAAAUUGUUGAACUGAAACAUGAGAUCCUGGUCUGGAGGCAGACAGCUCAGCGCAUUAACCCCGCCAGCCGAGAGGAGACGGCUGUGAAAUGCCUCCUGAUGCAAAAAGUCCUCAACCUGGAAAGUCUGCUCCGCAAGUUGAUGAAAACCUUCCAAAGACAAAUUUCCCAAGAGGAUAAAAACUGGGAGCAAAACAUUCAGGAACUGCAAAAGAAGCACAGAAUAACUGACAAGGUUCUCUUGGUAAAGUGUGUAUCCGUCCUUGGCGUGGUGAUCUUCAUGUUCUUUCUCAACUCCUUUGUUCCCAGCAUUCAUCUUGAUCUCGGUUGGAUUGCUAUUCUGGGUGCACUGUGGCUUUUGGUUCUGGCUGACAUCCAGGAUUUCGAGAUCAUCUUGCACCGGGUGGAGUGGGCCACGUUACUCUUUUUUGCUGCCCUUUUCGUUUUGAUGGAGGCUUUAGCCCAGCUGCAGCUUAUCGACUAUAUUGGAGAACAGACAGCACUGCUUAUAAAAGCAGUGCCAGAAGACCAGCGCUUGGCAAUAGCCAUUAUCUUGGUGAUGUGGGUCUCCGCUCUGGCUUCUUCUCUUAUUGACAACAUUCCCUUCACCGCCACCAUGAUUCCAGUUCUCAUCAACCUGAGUCAGGAUGCAGAUGUGAACCUGCCAGUAAAACCUCUCAUCUUUGCCUUGGCCAUGGGUGCCUGUCUUGGGGGAAAUGGCACACUGAUAGGAGCAUCAGCCAACGUUGUGUGCGCAGGAAUUGCUGAGCAACACGGCUACGGUUUCUCCUUCAUGGAGUUCUUCAGGUUAGGAUUCCCUAUGAUGAUAAUGACGUGCAUGAUAGGCAUGUGCUACCUGCUGGCUACCCACAUCGGACUUGGAUGGAACAUGUAAUCCACAACCACUGUACAGAGCCAAAGACUGUGUGUGUGUGUGUGUGUGUGUGUGUGUGUGUGUGUGUGUGUGUGUGUGUGUAUGUGUGCAUGUGACCACUCCUUCAAGCAUUUAGAGUUUCAGCUCACUGUAAUGUGAUAUGUAACCUGAUUGUCUGAUCAGAUUACAGGCACUACAUAAAGCACAACAGCCAUAUUUUUCAAAGUAUGGAUAAGUGUCUUUGUCUAAAGUGCAGACCAGCAGGGACCAGAAUUACAGGCUUGUUGACCAAAGCUUUGAAUCGAACAUCUAAUGAUAUGAUGCAUGUGAAUAAAGUUCUUGGUCCCCUGUCA